AUGAAGGAUACGAUGGGAAUCACAACUACGAACCGCCUGACCAUUUGCGGAUCCACUCAUCAACACAGAAUAUUUGUGCGAUCCUACGUUAAACUUGGGCCUGUACCAGAUAAAGACAUUCCUACGUAUCAAAUGGCGAAAGAUAAGAAAUGCAAAUCCCUAAAGGAGAAUUUGGAAGUGCUCCAACUUCAUAGUGAUCAAACAUCAGAGGAUAUCAGUCUCACUUCAAGCGAAGAGGCUGAACUUAUGAAAGUUCAGUCUGUCGAUGAUUGUGUAUCAAAAAAAAUUCCCCAGGAUAAUUCUUCUUUGUCCUGGGAAGUACGGGAAGGUGUUGAGAUAACACUUACUGCCCAACCUGAAGAUACUGUUGUAGGGGAAGAACGAUUAGACAUUACAGAGACCGAAGAUCAGGUGGAUGAUGAUGACCUGGACACUAGAAGCGAAAUUAGUUCUUCUCCCAGAGUAUCAAACCAACAAAGCUCACCUCUUUCGUCAGAGUCUUCAUCAUCUCAUUCUGGUUCAGAAAAAGAAGAUGGAGAUGAAGAAGGGCGGGGGCACAAAAGGAAACGCAAGCAAUCCAAGUGCACUGUCAACGACAAAAAUUCUUCACCGAAACGUCCAAAGUCAGAGGGAGACGGAAAAUCAAAGAAAUAUGACUAUUCCACGAAACUUAAUUACCUUUUCCGCGAUGCACGAUUUUUCCUAAUGAAGAGCAACAAUCCCGAAAAUAUUUCUUUAGCAAAAUCUAAAGGUGUAUGGUCGACGCCUCCACAAAAUGAAGCUAAACUAAAUCAGGCCUUUCGUCAAUGUCGCAAUGUGUUGCUUAUUUUCUCUGUCAAGGAGAGCGGUAAAUUCUGCGGCUUUGCACGACUCUCAAUUGAAUCCCGAAGAGAUGCCAGCCCAGUUCAGUGGAUUCUUCCUCCAGGACUAUCUUCGAGAGCAUUGGGUGGUGUAUUCCAGAUUGAUUGGAUAUCCAAGAAAGAUUUGUCGUUCACCCGCGUGAUGCAUCUGUACAAUCCAUGGAAUGAAGGCAAACCUGUGAAAAUUGGUCGUGAUGGACAGGAAGUGGAAAACCACGUAGGGGAGGAAUUGUGUCGCCUUUUUUCCGAAGAUCCAGAUGUGCAAUGGUCCACUGUUUUGCGACGCUCCAAGGAAUCUGCUCGCCGCAUACAAGUGGCUAACGGAGGUGUCCGUCCACGAGGCCCGAUGGCUCCCUUACAGCUGCAGCAGCAGCAACAACAGCAGCAUCAACAACAACAACAACAUCAACAACAAGGAGGACGACGAGGGUUCCGCGACCGGAAUCGAAGCCGUGGCGGAUUCGGCUCGGGCCGUUCUGGCGACAGUCACGACAUGGGGAGAGGCAACCUGCGACGCCGACAAUCCAAUGAUGACGACUAUCACCGCACCAACAGAAACCUUCAAAAGAGGGGGCGAGGAUAUCGUGACUUCAAAGACAACCGUCGAGAGAGAUCACCCGGACUCAACCCUUACGCCAUGCACCGCGAGCGAGCUUACACUGCCGCUUACGCUGAGUUCAUGCGAGAGUAUUCUUCCCUUGGACCUAUCCCAUAUCCACCGCCGCCGCCAUUUGAGCCGCUGUCUUCGGCGCGCUAUUACGAUGGGCCGGCAUUACCCGAGUAUCCACCUCCACCACCACCUCCUCUUCCAUCGAGGUCCUCUCGUGGUGAAAGUCAUCGUUCGUACGAGCGUUCGGUUGACGAAUUUCUGCGACGGACCGUGGACCGCCGUGAAGACCGCAGUCGUGAGCGACGCCUUCGCGAGCGUCGUUGAAAACCAAUUUGAAGACAAAAGAAAAUAACAUAGGCAUGCUGCCCAUUUCUGAAUUUUGUUCGCCGACAUUUUUGAAUUAAUAUUUGAUCCGCAAGAGGAAGGAAUGAAUUGUGGCACACGUAGACCUUCGUCUUGUUUCAGUAUCAUUGUUUUUGGCACUGUGUAAAACUUCGUCGAUUUGGAUUUCUGUUGCAAUAAACAACGGUACCCUUUGUUUCCAUCCAA